AUUUAUCGACAGUGUUGGAAAUGGCCUGACAUACACCAAAGGCAAAUUGGCAGCUAAAAACGCGAAUUAAACUAAAAUGAUGGAUGAGCAGCUAAUUGACGAGGUGGCGCAGCACGGAGUGAUCUACAACCGGCAGAAGUACUACCUCAACGGCGGCGCCAAUGGUGGCAAGUACGAGACUAAGGACGAGGCCUGGCAGCUGAUUGCGAUGAAGCUGCGCACGGAUGUGGACACGUGCAAGAAGCGGUGGAAGUACCUGCGCGAACGCUACGUCUCGCAGCGGAAGCAGGGCGAUCCACCUGUCUACGAACACCUGUCGCGUCCAUAUCUGGAGAAGAUGAAGUUCUUGGACCAGCACAUCCAACCGCGCAAGUCAUAUCGCCAUGUGCCAAACUUCCUAACAUCUCCGCAGUCCGCCAACAGCUCCGGCUACAACGAAUACCAGGUGGAUAAGUCGAAUGGCUCCAUAAAGAAUGUGUCUCAGUUUGGAAGCUCAGGGCAAGGUCACCUUUACCACCAACCGGAUCAGCAGCACACAAUGAGUGCUCUGAGUAACGCCGCUGCAUCUGCGCUGGAAAACGUCAAUGGCCAGGUGAAGAUCGAGGCUGACCAGGUGUUCAGGGAUUUUGCGGCUGCCGUGGCCUCACAGCAGCUUCAGCACAUAUCACAGUCCCAAAUGCAGCAACAGGCGGCGGCAGUGGCAGCUGUGAUGGCGGAUUCCUCGCAAGGCUAUCAGGAUCAGUACAAGGAAGGCGCCGUGGGCAUGAACGGGGCCCAGAACAGCGCCGGCAGUCUGACCUCAACAUCAUCCUCGAUGAAGUCACCGCUGUCGUCGCCGCUGCAAGGAAUUGGGGCAGGAACCCAUCAUCCUCAGCAGCAGCAGCCGCAACAACAACAGCAGCAGCAGCAGCAACAGUCGCCGGCUUCUGAACAGCAACUUCCGGUGGUCCAUUCCUCUUCCAGCGCCACUGGCGCUUCAAUCGGCAACAGUUCCACCCUGCAGAUGCAACAGUCACACGUUUAUAACUCCAAGGGAGAUGUCUUAGACUCUUCGGCAUCUGGCAAUUUCCAUAUGAAGAAACCCCGUGUUCAGCUUAAUGGCAAUGCACACAACCAGAUGACCAGCAAUGGGAGCCACUUUGGCAAUGACUCGGACGACGAUUCCGAUGAUAACAGCCAUGAUCUGAUGGAGCCGCAGGUUUUGAUGCAGCAGGAGAAUCACUACAGCAAUUCGAUGCCCAUGCAGCGGGGCAAUGGAAGUGGGAAUAAUAGUAGCAGUAAUAGCGGGAGCAACAAUCCCAGCGGCAAUAACAGCCACAACAACCAGCCACAACAACAGCACCAGAACAUGUUUCCGUCAAACACGGACUUCCUCUUCCAGUUGUACCAGCAGUUCCCACAUCAGGCAAGCAGUUCGCACCCCUCCAACUUCGGGAAAUUUCAGGCGCCGCCCAAUCAUCCGGGUCUGCAGCGUUUGUCGGAGCAUUUGCUGGGGGAAUUAGUCACCACGGAGCUGCUUAAGAUGAACAAGGAACGGAAGAAAAGUGCACAGAAACGAAUCCUAGAAAUACUAUUCUUCGACGAUUAAAGGGCUAUCUACUAGGUACUUGUAAAUAUUGUAAUCUAUUAUCCUUAACUUAUGUUAUUCGUUAGACGGUUGUCAGAUAAUUGCGUCGCUUUGGUCAAAUUUCCCACCAAGAAGUCAUUUGCAAAGCUGUACGUUCUCUCGAACACUUUUCAAAUGUGCUAGUCAAGACCAGCAAUUAGAAUUCCAUAUCUGCAUUAAUUUAUGUUUUAUAUAUGUUUAAGAAUAUAAUGAAUGGUCUUAAUUUAUUUAAAUUCGUAUUAAAAUAUAUUCAAUGGAAGGUGACUUUCCAAAAUGAAAGUUUGCUAUUUAUGUGUAGUCGAAA